GUCAAACUUUGUGCAGAGAGUUUCUCUCAACCUGCAAUGGUUUCGCUGUGGUCGCCAUGGCCCAGCAAUCUGAUUGCAAUGAAGGCCGUGGGUGGCUCCCCGGGCGGGUUGAAGGCAGCGAUUCCUCCGAAGAUCUUUCGGCCCAGCCGCUACCAGGGCGCCUUGCUGCUGCCGUCCGGCGAGAUCCACCUGGAGUCGAGUAUGGAGCGGCACAAGCUGGUCGAAGAGUUCGGUCUCAAGCCGCGUGACAUCGCUGCCUUGGUGUCUAAGACACGACGAGGCUUCGACCUCAACGUGCGCCGUGGCGGCACGGUGCUGUCCCUGGGCCGUGACGGCCCGGCAGUGGUCGUGGCCAAUGCCACAGCGUUGAUCCUCCCGCGGGGCACGGAGAUCCAAACGAUCGGCCACCGGAUCCAGCAGAAAUACGCGGAGCUGGUGGAUUUUUCGCUUCCCGCAGCAGGAGUUGCUCGAGAAUCUGUACCCUUUGCAUUGGCCGUCACUGAGGCCCUUUUAGCACUUUACUUGGACAAGAUCACCAAUCUGUUGCAGCCUGCUGUCGCCAAAGCCAACGUGCUUCUACGUGAGUAUGUGGGGACUGUACAGCAAGAGAUCUCUACCUUCCAGUUGGAGAAGCUUCGGCGCACCAAGCAGCGGCUGGAUGCCGUUCAGUCGCAGGCGGCGAACCUUCGACAAACCCUCUUCGAAGCAUUAGGUGAUGAGGAGGACUUGUCUCAACUCUCCAGCGCUGUUGGAGCGACCAAGGAGGAGUGGGAACUCUGCUUUGAGUAUUACUCCCAGGGCGCAGAAGAGGUUGAGGCAGAGGCCACGGCGCACUCAGAGUCGAUGGACGACUUGGAGACCUUCAUCGAGCUCCGCUUGAGCUCGCGAAGGUUGGAGCUGGAGAAAUCCCAGCUAAACCUAGAGUUGUUGGGCGUGGGCAUGAACUGCGCGGCGGUGAUCUCCGGAAUCAUGGGCAUGAAUAUUGAGAGCGGCCUUGAGACUCGGCGACCGGCCUUCUUUUACAAAUUUACGCUGCUCCUUCUCCUGGGCUCGGCUCUGGUGUCCGUGGUGCUCAAGACGCUGGUGUCCCGACGCUUGAGCCGACAGGCGAACUCCCUGCUCCCGAGCUCCUCCUGGCGGUCGCGCCGCGGCCGCGAGGCGCUCCCGGAGACCGGAGGCACGACGCGGUGGACGCGGUCGUUGGGAGGCCACGCGACACUGAGGAGACGAGCCCGUGUCCAAAUAGGAGUGCUGCUUGGAUGUGGGCUUCAACAAAGCACAGUGGACAUGUGGGACGUACAGUGGAAGACUCGGAAGACCUUUAAGAAACAAUUAAGUCUUGCAGACUCUUACUAUAGUCGAACUUUGUCAAAAACUGCAUCAUGUAACUCUCUAAAGCGAGCUUGAACUGUCAGUCCACUAUGGCAAAGGACAAAGCGGAUCAUAUCUAUGCAAGCGGGUCAAGCUUCCUUCUCGGACCAUAGUGUACAUUCCUGGUUAUCCCCACAAGAACAGAACAAAAGUAUCCAAAAGUCCUUGUGCACAAUAGAACCUGAACAUGAACCACUGGAAAGACUUGCAAACAGGUGGUCAGUCUGCAGACCCUAGACCAGCCGACUGCCAAAAAAGCCUUGGUACCAUCGUACCAAGUACCACUUGGUACCUUCGUACUGCCACUGUUGCUUGGGUAGGGGGUGCAGACGAUCGAAAGACAGUCAUUCAUACAAUUCAUCUGUGUUGUAAUUGGAUGAUUCGUUGCUCCUCGUAUUUCCCUUCGGUUGAUAUUACACCCAAUGGUCUCCCUUUUUCCCCGCCCCAAACUGGCGCGAAUGAACGCCGAACGCAAAGUGAAUUUGGACACAAAACUGAUCCAACUGGUCUGCCAAGAGGUGUGUCACAUGUCUGAUUUGGUGGACUAUGGCUGUGGGUAUUUGUGGGUCCAAAGCCCGGAUAACUUGGUUGAGCAUUGAACAUGAACAGAAUAGACUAGCAGUGACUAGCAGCUUAGCAGGGAUGGUCAACCUACGGUGAAACGGGCUCCAGGUGUCACAGUUAACGAAGAAAGAACACGACCUGCGAGGUCAAAGCGGAGAGGUCUGGUACCCAACUCUGCCAAGCGCUAGGUCCGCUCAGUGGCAAAGCCUGAUGCCACCAGUUUUGACAGUCCGUGAUAUUGAUUUGACCAUGAUUUGACCAUGGAUGC